CUCAACAACAUCAAUCACUUCUCUAUCAAAAAUUCAAAAGCCAUCACUUUCUAAAGGGGCAAGAGCUGCAACAUGAAACAUCCGCACCGGAGUGCUUCGGUUCGUAAUCGCGUGCCAUCGCCGGACAGUCCGAAGGAGAGCGACCGGAGAUCGCCACCCCGCGUCCCCGCCGUUCGGCCUGCAGACCACGGGGUGCUGGAAUCGUGGAUGGAGCAGAAGAAAGCGUUUGCGGUGGCGGCGGCCGCCGCCGAGCUUGUUGGGGCCGUCGCCUACAGGAGAGGUCGUGCUGUUGAGGAGGCGGCUGCUGUCAUGAUCCAAUCUGUUUUUCGUUCUUAUUUGGCUAGAAAAGCAUUAAAGACCUUGAAAGGGCUGGUGAAGGUGCAGGCAUUGGUGAGGGGUUAUUUAGUAAGAAAACAAACCACGGCGACCCUCCACAGCAUGCAGUUACUUGCGACGGCCCAAGCCAGGGCACGGUCUCAGAGGAUCAGAAUGGCCGAUGAAUCGAACUCUAGUCAUCGGAUACAGUCCAAUCACAGAAAAUCCACGGAUAGGAGGUCCAGACAAUCAAGUUAUGAUCAGGAAAUGGACCGGGGCAUGGAUGGAAACAUCAGGAUUGUGGAGAUGGAUGUCGGGGAAUCAGAGCGAAGCACAAACAGCAGAAAGAGCCACUCAAGCCACCCUCAAACAGCCCACACAAAUCACCGACCCUCGAAAGGACCCGCGACGAAUCACGCUCACUCGAAGCAAGAACGCCGGGAGUGCUUACCCGUAAAACCAUCGGCACUCGUAAGCUCUAGCCCGAUAUCCCGAAGCAUGCGUCUUGAUCGUGACCGGUACUUUGACGCGGCACAAGGCAGCCCUCAGUACUCGUCCUCCGCGGGGUCCAUGCCCGAGUACCCCUCGUACGGCGCCCAAACAUAUCACCGAGUCUUCACGAACGUUGCUUACGCAAAGCAUGAAUGCCAAGACACAUCCCUAAUACAACCAUCGGCACUCGGGGACUCUAGCCUGAGGGCCGAAAGUGGGCGUUCCGAUGACUACUACUUGGACACGGACCAAAGCAGCCCUUAUGGCUCAUCCGCAACGUCCAAACUCGAGUAUCUCUCGUACGACUACAGCGUGAUGGCUCCGGCUUACAUGGAGAAUACGGAACCCUCUAAGGCGAAAUUGGUGCGGUCGCUAAGUGCACCCAGGACGGGACCGGGUUCGAUUGCGGGGAUGUUGAGUAGGAAGAAAAACCCACAAGCCGGGACGAGACCUGAUUCGAAGCUUGCUGGGGUGGGUGGGUCGACGGGUAACGAGAGGGACUAUGGAGCUUCUCGUACUGGUCAUGCAAAUACCGUCAAUGGCAAAUCUCGCAGGACAUGGAAAUGGAAAUAG